CGGGCCCGACGCCGUGUACCCGGUGCGGGUGCCGCCGGCCCUCAUGGCGGCCCCUGCGACCGCGGGGGCCUCUGUCCUGAAAGAUGUAGUGGCAUAUGUUGAAGUAUGGUCAGCCAAUGGCACAGAAAAUUAUUCAAAGACAUUUACAAACCAGCUUGUGGAGAUGGGGGCAAAGGUUUCAAAAACUUUUAACAAACAAGUAACUCACGUUGUCUUCAAAGAUGGAUACCAGAGCACUUGGGACAAAGCACAGAAGAGAGGCGUGAAGCUCGUGUCAGUGCUCUGGGUUGAAAAAUGCAGGACAGCUGGAGUACACAUUGACGAAUCACUGUUCCCUGCGGCUAAUACUAAUGAACACUUACCAAGCCUAAUUAAAAAAAAACGAAGGUGUAUGCAGCCCAAAGAUUUUAUUCCUAAAACACCAAAAAAUGAUAAGAGACUUCAAAAGAAAUUUGAGAAAAUGGCUCAGGAGCUACAAAAGCAAAAAACAACUCUAGAUAAUGGUGUACCUGUUCUCUUAUUUGAGUCUGAUGGUUCGUUGAUGUAUAGUCCCACAAUUAAAAUGUACAGUGGUCACCACAUCGGAAUGGAGAAGAGAUUACAGGAGAUGAAGGAGAAAAGGGAAAAUCUUUCCCCUGCCUCUUCUCAGAUGAUUGAAAAUUCUCAGGAUAACCCGGUUAACUCCACGCGUGAAGAGUCUUUGACCAUUUCACAUGAUACUUUGUAUUCAGAUGAAUCCUUUGCUGGUGGUCUACACUCAUCUUUUGAUGAUCUUUGUGGAAACUCAGGAUGUGGGAAUCAGGAAAGGAAAGUGGGAGGAUUUGUUGAUGAAAUCAAAAGUGAUAUGUGUGUUUCGUCACCUGUAUUGAAAACAAGUAGUAUUCAUUUAUCAGCAUCUCCCGGUUACCUCAGUCAAUUAACGCCACAGAAAUCCAUGAGUAACCUUUCAAAGGAAGAAAUAAAUUGGCAGAGAGAUCGUGUGGGUGAAGUAGUCACUCCUGACACAAAGCAUUCUGAAAGAGUAUCUAAGGAGAUGUUUGAUACGAAGCAUAGUUUGUCUCCUGAGUUAUCUGCAACAAAAGGCCACCCUGUGGGACAUUCACGACCCAAGAGUUCCUCAGCAAAGAGAAAAAUAACAUCAGAGAACUUGCCUUCACCUCCAAAAGAAAAGCUAAAGAGAAAGAGGUGUAGUGGGAAAGCCGCUAUGCCAAAACUGCAGCUGUUUAAGUCAGAACACAGCCUACAGUUUAGGACGAGAUCUGUUCCCGAGACUGCUGACUGCGGGGAGUCCUCUUACGAUGAUUAUUUUUCACCUGUUAAUCUUAAGGAAAGGAAUUCAGAGAACCUUCUUCCUGGAUGUCAGUCAUCAUCAAGCCCUGCCCAGUUCAACUGCAGAAGGAAUCUUUCUAAGAGGGAGAGAACAACCAUCUUAGAAAUGUCGGAUUUUUCCUGCAUUGGUAAAAAUGGCGGAUCAGUUGGCAUUACCAAUUUAACAACAGAAACCAGCCCCCGUCUUCAGAGACCUACAAAUGACAAAGGAAACACAACAUUGGGUUGCGUGACUUUUAAGGAAGUGUCUGCUACUGAGGAAACUCCAGGGUUUUGUGGACAGGCUGCCCUUCAGACAAAAGAAGACGUGAGCGCAGAUGGAAAAAGUCUCUCUUCCUGCACCGUUAAUGAACUCAGUCUUCAGAAAGCACAUGUAGCGAAAGAGCAUCAUGGUGAUUCAACUCCUUUGAAAGGCAGCAAUAAAGAAAUGAAGGAAUUAAGUGACGUAAAAACCAGGCAGAAGGAAGAUACUACUUCUAAAAUGUUGAAUUCCUCUGAAGGUGAAACACAAAGUGAUUAUAAGCUAAAUUUUGUAGAUGAUUGUAAUGUGGACAAAUCUACGGAAGAAAGAGAAAACUUACCCAGAGAAUGUAGUGAAAGUGUUAAAAAUGGACCAACAAGGCGUGACAUUUUAGAUGGCUCAUGCGAAGGCUUUAAGGACCUCAUCAGACCUCAUGAGGAAUCAAAGAAAAGAGGGAAAGGCCAAAAGCCAACAAGAACAUUAGUCAUGACAAGCAUGCCAUCUGAAAAGCAGAACGUCAUCAUCCAGGUUGUGAAUAAAUUGAAGGGCUUUUCAUUAGCCCCGGAAGUGUGUGAAACUACCACUCACGUGCUCGCUGGGAAGCCUCUGCGGACCCUGAAUGUGCUACUGGGAAUUGCGCGUGGCUGCUGGAUUCUCUCUUACGAGUGGGUACUGUGGUCUUUGGAAUUGGGUCACUGGAUUUCUGAGGAACCGUUUGAACUUUCUAACUACUUCCCUGCAGCUCCUCUGUGCCGCCUGGAGCGCCAUUUGUCUGCGGGGCAGGACCAGGGAACCCUGUUUGCCGAUCAGCCGAUGAUGUUCAUCAGCCCAGCCAGCAAGCCUCCCAGAACCAAGCUGUGGGAACUGGUCCUCCUGUGUGGGGGUCGGAUCACGCGCAUCCCUCGCCAUGCUGGCAUUUUCAUCGGACCCUCCCAAGGAAAGAGGAAGGCGACAAUCAAGUAUCUGUCGGAAGCAUGGAUCUUAGAUUCGAUCACUCAGCACAAGGUCUGUGCCUCUGAAAACUACCUGUUGCUGCAGUGACGGUGUCGUGUCACUCAACACGUGGCUGCUGCAGACAGCUGGCAAAGUUGUCUUUGGACAGUCAAGUGAGAAACAAAACUGUGAGGAGAAGGAACUGACAUAAAAAGGAAGCCUUUCUAUAUCAUCACGUUUGCCCUGUGGGUGUUGUGGGUUUCGUAUAAAGAAGCUCCUUUGUGUGACUUUGUGAUGUCUGAAUGUGUGUUUCAGAGAAGCCCUGACCAGCCCUACUGCCUUUUCUAGACAAUGCAGUCUUUGUAUCUUAGUUAACGAUCAUAAUUAAAAGGUCACAGAACCUUUGUCAUUGAAGCACCAUACUGUGAAAUAAAGAGUAGGAAUUAAUUUAAA